AUGUACAUAAAUUUGGAGUUCUCAUGUCUCAAACUUCAGUCUUUAAAUUAUCUGGUUGAAUCAAUGCUGAAGGCAAUUUAUGGUUUUGUAGGUGUCCUUGACAAAGUUGGGAUUGAGCCACAAAUUCAACGGAUUGGUAAAUACAAGAGUGCAGGGGACCGACUUGCGCGAACAGAUAUAUCUGACGAAAACCGUGAGACACUGACUGCGUUGCUCGAUAACAUUUAUGGAAAUUGGCUUGACAAAGUUUCACUUGCAAAAGGAAAGAAGAAGGAAGAUAUUGAAAACUUUGUCAAUGAAGGAGUUUAUGAAGUUGAGAGACUGAAAGAAGGUUGCUGGAUAACGGAUAUAAAAUAUGAUGAUGAGGUUAUUUCUCUGUUGAAAGAGCGCUUGGGAUUUUCAAAUACCAAAACUCUGCCUACAGUUGACUACAGGAAGUACAGUAGAGUGAGGAAAUGGACUCUAGGUUUGACGGGUUACAAAGACAAGAUAGCCAUAAUUAGAGUCUCUGGAGCUAUUAGCAGGACACGAGGUUCACUGAGUGUGUCCAGCUCAGGGAUUAUUGCUGAGAAAUUCAUUGAGAAAAUUCGCAGCGUCAGAGAGUCAAAAGUAUAUAAGGCUGUUGUCAUUCGUAUUGAUAGUCCUGGAGGGGAUGCUCUUGCUUCUGAUUUAAUGUGGAGGGAAAUCAAACUAUUGGCGGCCUCUAAACCUGUGAUUGCAUCAAUGGCUGAUGUUGCUGCUAGUGGAGGAUACUACAUGGCAAUGGCUGCUCAUGCUAUAGUAGCUGAGAAUCUUACGUUAACAGGUUCAAUUGGAGUUGUGACAGGAAAGCUUAAUUUGGAGAAGCUAUAUGAAAAAAUCGGCUUCAAUAAGGAGAUAAUAUCAAGGGGAAGAUAUGCGGAGCUGACUGCUGCUGAACAGAGGCCAUUCAGAGCAGAUGAAGCAGAACUCUUCGCGAAGUCAGCACAGUAUGUAUAUAAAAAUUUCCGAGACAAGGCUGCCUUUUCUAGAUCAAUGACUGUGGAGAGCAUGGAAGAAGUAGCUCAAGGAAGAGUUUGGACGGGUAGUGAUGCAGCUACACGAGGUCUUGUUGAUGCUAUUGGGGGACUCUCUCGAGCAGUAGCAAUUGCGAAACAAAAGGCUAAUAUACCAGUGGAUAAACAGGUCACGCUUGUUGAGCUGUCGAGGCCUUCUUCAUCUCUAUUCGGGCUCUUAAGUGGCUUAGGGAACUCCAUAGUUGAAGCUGAUACUGCAGUUAAAGAGUUGGUAGAAGUCAUGGCAUCUUCGAGUGGAAUUCAGGCCCGUAUGGAUGGGAUUGUUUUUGAAAAAUUGGAAGGGGCUUCAUACGCCGGCGUCGUCUUCAAACUUAUCAAGGAUUAUCUAAGGUCAUUUUGAUCGUAUAUUUUCUAAAUUUUUCUUCUGUAAUUUUCUUUACACAAAGAAGAUCUCCUCAAAGACAAAAAAAAAAAUGGAAUAAAAUUUAAUGAAGUGCAUAGGAAGAUUACAAAAUUCACAUGACAGAUGAAUAUGUAGGAAAAAAUUGAUGACUCUUUUUUAUCAUGGGAAAGUGUACACAGAAAGUAAUUUAUCCUUACCAGAGUUCAUGUUUCGUAA